UUUGGAUUUUGUUCGGAAAUUUUUUUCAUGUUUGUUUCGAUGCGCUUUUGUUAGAAAUAACAAAAGAACUGUUAUUUUGAUUAAGUAUUAUGACAAGUUAAAGCAGUAAGUUUGGUUUCCAGAUGCAGCAAUCGGUGAGGUUGUUUUUGGGUCGGAAUGGUUUAAAAAGGUUGAAUUGUACGUCUGUUACUCACUAUUCAAGUCGGAGCAAUUCGGAUACGUCGGACGCAUAUAAAGUAAUUAAACCCCGUAGAUCAGCAGAAGAAAUAGAUGACAGUCAGGUACCUAACUGGGAGCUACUAGCACCACGUGGUUAUCGCUUCUACCUUCCAGGUGGCCUGGGCCCUGCUUGGUAUGAUUCUACUUCCACUCCUUUGCCAUAUGGUGCAAUUGCUCAGACACCAGUAACUGACAGCAAGUUUGAUUUCACAGUACAGCGAUGCCCAGUGUUACUGAGGAAAGAUGUGGAGGAACUGUUCUCUGGAGUCAACUUUCGAGGCUUAGAACUUAGUGUUGUUACAUUAACAUACCACAGAGCUAAGAAACGUACUCUGGGAGGAAAUGUCGCUGCAGAUCCUGAAGGAGAGAGGGAAACUGUUGUCAAAAGUUUUGUGGUUGUAGCCCAAGAAGUAUGUGCUAAACUGAAGAUGGCAGGGUACUGGGCAGACUUUGUGAACCCUUUCUCAGGACGGCCAUAUUUUGGCACAGGUUUCGAACUGGGUGGAAUGCUGUAUCGUGUGGAUCCUCGCUUCCGCUGCCUGGGAUUCCGUGUUAUUGAUGCACCCACUGGGUGCAGUAUUCUUGCUCACUCUGCACAGGCACCACUUACAGGAAACCUAUUCACCACUGCCCCUUCGAGUGCGGAUCUGCUGACAGAGAUUUUAAACCAGUUUUCAUAGAUAAUAAAUUACCUACAUAAAUUUGUUGUCCGAGUCUGUGAUGUAUCUUUAGGUUUGUUGUUAAAUAAACUAGAAUUUGGACAUUAAAAAAAA